GUAGAAAUGGAUGCUGACAAAGAACCAGUGGCAAGACGGAGUCGUGGCAGUAAAACAUCGCUCGACGUCUGGGGUAAUAAGCUCUGUAGACGAGGAGGCCCACACGAAUGUAGCUCAUGUCGUGUUUGCUCUCCUAUGGACGCGGAAUCUCAACAACGAAUCGAGGUAUAUAUAAGACAAGGUUAGACGACCACCGAAGCGACGGACGCGGCGGACGUCAGCGCAGGCACGAAGGCCGGGACACUCACUAAACUAGAUGAGACGCAUUGGAUGAGCCACUCAUUCAUUACGAUAUGCCGGGCCGCGGCUCGCUAGACGGCCGAUGGGUCUUCGUGAUCACCACUCUUGCCAUCUUUCUAGCCAUCCUCCUGCUUACCAUGGUGAUCCAGCGACGGCAACGCACCCUCCUCUCCUUGCGUAUCGCGAGGGGCGAAGUCGACCUUGAAGCUCUCGGAAUCAGACGCCUCAGCGUUCCUCAAGAUAUCCUCGACAAAUUGCCGAAAUAUACUUACACCUCGAAAAUAGAAGGUGCCCCAGCUACGCCCGGCGGAGCGGCUACACGGCAAGUACCAUUUUCCCAGCCAGCCUGUCCGAUCUGCCUCGGCGAUUUUAUCCAUAGCGAAACUCCCAUCCGCGAACUCCCUUGCAACCACAUCUUCCACCCCGAAUGCAUCGACCUUUUUCUCCGUAACAGCUCCUCCUUAUGCCCUAUGUGCAAGAAAUCAGCCUUGCCACCAGGCUACUGUCCCGUCAAUGUGACGAAUCUGAUGGUUCACCGAGAACGACUGAUACGCCAGCAAAACCACGAGGAAACGACAAGUCGGAUAGCUACAGCGGGAGCAACUCAAGGACCUGUUAUGAUACUAUCGAGUCUGAGUGCACCUACAGCCGUGAUCCACAAUAGUCGCGUUCACGGUCAUGGUGCUUAUAACGGAGACGUGGAGAUGACUGCUGUGAUUGGCACGGAUAAUCAGAGGACUAUACACCCAGCCAUUGCACACUAUCAUUCCCCAAAUGGUGGAGCGGUAGCUGCUACCGCUGAAUCCCGGAUGCAGCCUCAGGCAGCUGGCUCAAAUACAGAGGAAGUGCCAGCUCAAACCUAGGUGCAGGCGGCACAUGCCAAGGGGCCGCAAGCAUUUGCGGAAAAUCGACAGCGGACUGCCAUCCAAGCGGGCCCAGCGACUCCAUGGCCCGCUGCCACGGAAUCGAGCAUAUUUACUCACACAAAGUUCGAACGGGCCAACCAAAGUCCCCGGAGUCGUGUAAUUUAGCGCUAGUCUACGUGUUGUUUGUCAUACGAGGCAGAAAGGGAAACGACGAAUUAGGAGGAUUCAGUGACAAAGCACUAGGCCCGAAUGGCGAUUCGGUACAAUCCGGACAACUACCAAUAACUAGACGUCUGUUGUCCACUAUACGGCUACUUAUCCAUGAGACCGCAAAAUACACAACAUAUGACCCAUUCGGUGCAAUUGGAACCUUGUCUAUGGGUAUCUCCCCCCGAUGGUCUUCUCUGGUCCUGUAAAAUAAAUUAGAUCUGCUAUUGAACGAAAAUUUCUGAUGUUGGAAUUCCC